AUGACCAAAAGAUAUUCAGCAGAGGAACUCUUGCAAAUUUACAAACGUUUGGACAAAGAUGGGAACGGCGUUGUGUCACGAACUGAAUUGGAAAAGGGACUGGCUGCGGCGGGUGUGAACCCGAAAGCCAUUGAGCGUGUCAUGAACGAUUUGGACUUGAAUCGAGACGGCCAAAUUGCCAUUGGUGAAUACAAGCUUGCUCUUGGUUUGACUGAUGAACCUCUGGCUGAAUGGAAACAACUUUUCUUCAGCAUAGAUAAAGAUGGUUCUGGAACUAUUACAAAGGAGGAGCUUAAAAUGAUGUUUGACGAAAUGGGCAUGCCAAUCAAUCUGUCCGUUCUUGAAGCCUGGAUUGAAGAUCACGAUGUGAACGGGGAUGGACGUCUCAAUUUCGAAGAGUAUCUUGGAUUUGUCAGCGAACAGCUUUCAUGA